AUGGAGGACAACCAGAAUUCAGACAUCUGCCGCGUCUGCAGGUGUGAGGCCACCCCCGACAAACCGCUCUACCAUCCGUGCAUCUGCACGGGCAGCAUCAAGUACAUUCACCAGGAAUGUUUGAUGCAGUGGCUCAAGUACAGUGAAAAAGAGUUCUGCGAGCUAUGCAACUACCGCUUCUCCUUCAUUCCAAUAUAUUCACCGGACAUGCCGAAGCGGUUACCUCUGAAGGACAUCUUCAGCGUCAUUGCCCGGUGUCUGGGCACGGUGGCCCGGUACUGGGUGCAGUACACCCUGGUGGCCAUUGCCUGGCUGGUCGUCAUUCCGCUGACUGCUUACCGAAUCUACAUGUUCCUCUUCAACUACUCCUUUGACGACGUCCUUAGCUUUACCUUUGAGUUCAACAAGCCGGAGAACCUCUUCUCCGACGGAUUCUACGGCUGCUGUGUGGUGAUGUGCACCCUCUGCACCUUCAUCUUCCUCAUCUGGCUCCGGGAGCAGAUCAUCCGCGUGGGGGCGCCCGACUGGCUGGAGCGGCCGCUCAACUUUCGCCUCCUCCAGGCGCUCUUUAGAGGAGGUGGAGGAGGCGCCGGAGGCGAUCAACAGGGGAAUAAUAUUCCUCCUCUGGGCGCGAAUAAUCAGCUGAAUAAUAAUAAUAAUAAUAACAACAACAACAACAACGAUAAUAACGGUGACAACAACAACGGCGACAGGGCAGUGAUUGAGCAGCAGCCUGGAGCUGCGGCUGUUGCUGCUGCUGCUGCUGUGCCUGCAAAUCCGCCAGAAGGCCAAAAUCUUCCCCUCGACUGGCGAGAGAAUGAUGAUCUUGACGAUGAGAAUGACGCAGACGAUGAGGCGGACAAUGAGGAGNCAGUGAUUGAGCAGCAGCCUGGAGCUGCGGCUGUUGCUGCUGCUGCUGCUGUGCCUGCAAAUCCGCCAGAAGGCCAAAAUCUUCCCCUCGACUGGCGAGAGAAUGAUGAUCUUGACGAUGAGAAUGACGCAGACGAUGAGGCGGACAAUGAGGAGCUGCUGGGGGCGGAAGACGCCGUGGAUGGCGGCGACCAGGACAAUGCUGCAGCGGCGGUUGUGCCGGCUGCUGGUGCUGCUGCUGCUGGCGAUGCUGCUGGAGCAGCAAGAGCAGCAGGUGGCAACAAUCGAGCCCAGGUGGCAGUCGCCCAGGACUGGAACCCGGUCAUUGAGUGGGAUCGAGGCGCAGAAGAUAUUACCUGGGAGAGGAUUCUCGGCUUGGACGGCACCUUUGCCUUCCUGGAGAACGUCUUCUGGGUGAUCACGCUGAACACGCUCUUCAUCUUCAUCUUCGCCUACUGCCCCUACCACAUCGGCAAUCUCACCACGGCUUCAGUCACCGCCACCGCCCACCUUGUGAGCGCCCAGUUUGACCGUUUCGUCAUCAUCUUCCUCGGCUACUUCAUCAUCGGCUUCCUCCUCUUUGCCCUGCACACUGCCUUCAGCCUGACGCAUCUGCAGCGCAUCCAGCGCUUCUUUGGCUUCUGCUACAUCAUCGUCAAGGUGGCCCUGCUGGUCACCCUCGAGAUUGGCCUCUUCCCCUUCGUCAUCGGCUGGUGGCUGGACAUCUGCUCACUGCCGCUCUUUGGCACCACCCUCGACCGCCGCCUGGACGCCUUCUUCGCCUCGCCGGGCACCUCGCUCUUCAUCCACUGGCUGGUGGGCAUGAUCUGCAUCUUCUAUUUUGUCUCCUUUGUGCUGAUGGUCAAAGAGACCGUUCGCCCGGGCAUCCUCUGGUUCAUUCGAAACCUGAACGACCCCAACUUCAACCCGGUCAAUGAGAUGAUCCACCUGCCGAUACUGGUCCACUGCCAGCGGUGCGUCCUCAGCAUGGUCGUCUUCUGCGCCAUUGUCAUGCUGGUGGUGCUCUUUCCCAUUCUCGCCAUUCAGAAGUGUCUGCCCGACUUUCUCCCCUACAACAAUGUCGCCAAUAACGAAUCGCCAUUCGAGCUUAUCCUGGAGCUGUUCGUCUUUCGCAUUCUCCUGCCGAACAUCAUCGAGGCGAAUGACUUUACCUUUCGCCAGCUGAUCAAGUCGGUCAUCAAAAUU